ACGUACACCUACACAAAUACACCUACACAGCUCAGAAGUGCUUGGAAGCGUAACUGUGCUACUCAGGUUACUUUUUUGAAGAGCCUGUCUUUUGUUCGUUUAGCUCGGAGAAAGUCUUCUAGUUUGUUUUUUAUUUCUUUUGUUUUUUUAGUUGCUUUUUUCAGAGGUAGCAGCCAGGAGAUCCAACAUGACUUUAUCUGGAGUGUCGUUUUUUGUUCUGGCUUUAUCCUACGUCUUAACUGUUUAUGGCAGGUCGACAGGUCUCCAUCUGCGCAACAUGGACAGCUUCAUCCAGGCUGUGCAGCAGGUGGAAGAGUCCAACCCUGGUCUGUCCCCCCUGGCUCUGGUUCGGGCCCUGCGGAGGACCGCCGGCCACGACGAUGAGAUGACCAUUCAUUUCUUGGGUGCCUCGUAUAAUCUCACUGAUGCUGAGGUCCUAGAGACAGCCAUUCUCAAUGCCUCGUCCUUUAGCUUCUUUGACAAGGCCAUCCACCACAUUGUGACAGAUUACGGAGAGGAAAGAGGGGUGGUUCUGGCUCCAGAUGGCACCACGGUGGCUCUUGCACCCUUACUGCGAGGGAUCGAAGCAGGACUGAAAGCCAACAUGGAGGGGACACCAGCUGUUGGGCUCUUUCCUCUCACCUUAGGCAGGACGCUGGGCUUGUCCUUCCUCAGCCUACAGGACAUCCCGGCAUCUAAGCGCAUGGGGCCUAACGGGUGCUGGGACAGCGUGGACCACCCAAAGUUGUUCAAGUUGUCUUGGCCUGCUACACUGGCCACUGAUGCUGUCAUUCAUGGGGGCAUGGAUGGAGUUAUACUGGGCACAGACCUCAGCAACCUAACUGCAUCUGAACAGCCGCAGGCCCUCAGUGGAGUUUUGAAAGGAUACUAUAGUUUUACUCUUCAGGAGGGACAGGGUAUGGAUGAUAUAACCAGCCACAUUAGCCCGAGGCGAAGGGAGAUCUCUCGAUCCAUUCUGGAGCCACUCGAUCUUCACAGCCAGGUGAUGGAGACACUAACGCUAGUGUGGAAGUUGGAGAAGACACAAUGGAUAGCUCUGGACACUGGCUUGGGGAAGGCGGUGAAAGAUGGAUUACAGGCUUUUGUGCACAAGUACUGGGACUGCCCUCAAAUCAUCCCUCGUUGUCAGUGGGGGGCAAAAGCCUACCAGAGUACACCUAUCCCACUGUCUUUGCCUCUCAAGUUCCUCUAUGUUCACCACACCUACGAGCCAUCCUCGCCCUGUUUAUCCUUCUCAAGGUGCUCUCGCGACAUGAGAGCCAUGCAGCGUUUCCAUCAGGAAGUUCGUAACUGGAGCGACAUAGGAUACAGCUUUGUGGUUGGCUCUGAUGGCUACGUCUAUGAAGGCAGAGGCUGGAACUACCUCGGCAGACACACCAGGGGGCACAAUGCCAUUGGGUAUGGCGUGUCAAUCAUUGGUAACUACACUGCCACCCUGCCAUCCCGCCAUGCCAUCGACCUGCUGCGCCAUCGUCUGGUCCAAUGUGCAGUAGAUGGAGGAAGACUGGCUGCUAACUUCACGUUUUACGGCCACAGACAGGUGGUGAACUACACUUCCUGCCCUGGGGACGCCUUCUUUUCAGAAAUACGAAGCUGGGAACACUUCAUGGAAACAGACUCUCCAGAAACAGAAGAAUAAAGAGAUUGGCCAACUGUAAUAAAUGUGAUUGUUUCUAA